GGGAGGCCGACUGGGUCGGCUACCGUUGCCGACCGUUCUCGUCUCGUCGUGAGCGGUGUUUUUUAUCCGACUGCUGUAACGGCGGGCGCAGACAACGUCUAUGGGGACGUGGUAAAGCCAGUGCAGCACUUCCAACAAACGAGGGCACAAUGGCUGAUGGGUCUUGCCAACUGGCUGUGACCUGCCUUAAAAGUGGCAUCAAUCCCUCGAGUGCCCUGCUGCGGCGCCUGUUUGACUUGCCCACGACGGUCCGCAAAUCAGACGUCCUGGGCUCGAUCGAUGAUGGUGGCUGCUACGAGGAUGCCGUUUCCAAUUACCACGUGGACUUCACGCCCACCAAAAGUUACAACGAUGCGAUUGAAGUCAUUAUAAACAACUGGAAGGAUCCCAAAGAGAUGAAGCUCCUGUGCAGUGCCAUUCCUGGAUGGUGGCUAUCGUGGCCGAGGCUAGUAGACUCGACCAUAAAUGAACAUUAUGACCUGAAAAUUUCAAACUUCUCUCUCGGAUCUUUUGUUGGUAUGGGGACAUUCGUUGAGCACUACUGUUCGUCGCCCAGGGAGCCGAUUGAACCGGCAAAAACAAAGACCAAACAGUCUAACCAGCGUGCGGCGUCUUCGUCCAACAAGAAACAGCGGUAUCGCAUAACGCAGUGCAUGGCCCACUUUGCGCACUACCGCCAAAGGCUGUACGUCUACUUUGUCGACGUCAAGGAGCCACUGACCAAGCAGGAACAGAACGGCGAGACGCACGCCCGGCACCGGUUUAUUAUAGAGUACUCUUCUGUGCGGCACGUGGUCGUGUCUAAAAACCCCGAUGGUGGAAACAAUGACUGGGUGGUGUACUUGCACCUUGUCCACCCACCCCUUCUCUACAGAGUUCAUGAGACCCACAGCACUGAAAACAAAGACCUUGACGACGAGUGCGACCCGCGCAAGCCUAGAUAUGUGGAGCAGCACGACGUUGAUGAACGAACGAGGUGGGUCCGCACAGUGGACUUUGGCAAACAGAAGACUAAGUGUGGCAGCGGGACACUGGGCUUGUGUCGGGUCAUGGCUCUGACGUUUUCGUCUGCGGGUGACCGCAUCGAGGAAGCUCUCGCCAGCCUGGGCAUGCUGAGCACGACGACGAAUCUGUAUUACGGUGCAGUGGAGCUAAAAGCGAGGCAUUGCAAAGGGAUUGGGGAAGCAGACAAGGAGCUGCGUGUGGAGGACUUGCCGUUUGGCUGCGGCUUCGCUCUGGCUGCUGUAUGGAGGUCCUCGGCACAGGUGGCUGAUGAAUUACUGAUUAAGGGGGCCAAGGCACAAGUUGCAGAAGAGUUGAGACGGAUGGCUUCGGAGGACCCUGAUGCUUUGGAAGAAGCUCUCUAUGCGCUGCAGCAGUCGUUGGACAGGGGCCGCUUCGUCUCAUUCCAGGUGGGCCUGGAGGCCCUGUUCAAGCGGUUCCGUUCGAUGCGCCAGCGUUCUGGCAAACUGACGGGUGGUGUGCUGGGGCAGGAGCUGCCGGAGCACGUUUGCCUGGUGCGGCGAGCAGUGCUGACACCCACACGUCUUUUGCCAUUGCCGCCGCAACCCAUCAGCACGAGUCGCAUCCUGCACCACUUUGAGCCCGAGCAUGCGCUUCGCCUGCUCAUACGCGACGAGGAUGGCACCAAGAUGUCUUUCUCGUUGGGCAUCCAGCGCGCACACUUCCUCUUCACUUACACACGGCCCAGGCUGCUAGACGGAUUCACAAUCGCUGGCCGCAAGUUCGUGUUCUUGGCGUCAUCCACGAGUCAGCUUCGCAGCCAUGGUGCAUGGUUCUACUCGGUCGACUCGCAAGGCCGCUCGGCCGACGACGUGAGGAGUGCACUGGGCGACCUGUCACAUCUCCGCUUGCCUUCCAAGUACAUGGCACGGUUGGGUCUGGCGUUCUCCCAGUCGUUAGGAAGGAUCCAUGUCCCUCGUGACUGCACCACCGUGGUGCCGGAUAUUGAGUGUGAUGGGCGGAAAAGAAAUCUGCACUACGUAUUCUCAGAUGGCGUGGGACGCAUUUCUACAGCUCUUCUUGCCAAAGUCCACAAAGCCCUUCCACGUGAGGGACAGCCAAGUGCCAUCCAGAUCCGGUACGGAGGUUGCAAAGGCAUGCUGGUCGAAGAUCCAACGCUGGAAGGUGACCGCAUCAUUUUCCGGAAGAGUAUGUACAAGCACCCAUCUGACAGCGAGGACCUCUUUAUUCUCAAGACCAGCAAGCCACGUCCCACGAAGCUCAACCGCCCCAUGAUCACAAUCUUGAGUCAGAAGAAGACGCGUGGAAAUCUGCGCAGCAUUGAAGACUCCGUGUUCCUCAAGAUGCAACAGGACUGUCUCGCUCCUUACACGGACAGCCUCUUUGAGGACACCGCGGCCGCGCGCCUACUACAUGAGGAGUGCGCGUUGCGGCUGCCUUACAAGGAGUUGGCGGGAGCGGGGCUGGAUCUGCACGCUGAGCCCUUCUUUCGCUCCCUCCUCUGGACUUUGCACCAGCGGUGUCUCCAGCAGCUGCGAGAGAAGGCAAGCAUUACGGUGCCUCCCGACUAUGGCCGCACGAUGUUUGGCGUCAUGGACGAGACCGGCACCUUGCAGUAUGGCCAAGUGUUUGUCCAGUAUUCACGGGACUUGGCACACUACACGCCUGACGAUGAGUACAUUGUCCUCAAAGGCAGUGUGAUUGUGACCAAGAACCCCUGCGUCCAUAUCGGCGACAUCCGCAAGCUAGAAGCCGUAGACGCUCCGGCGCUGCACCACAUUCGGGAUUGCAUUGUCUUUCCUUCCUCCGGCAAACGGCCCCACCCCAACGAGAUGGCUGGUUCAGACUUGGAUGGAGACGAGUUACAGUCCAUCUGGUACCCACCACUCAUCUUCCAAAAUGAUGAUCCAAUGGACUUUUAUGACGACGCAGCUGUGGAAAAUGAGGGGCCUGUUCAGGUUGGCUCCCUUGUUUAG